AUGGAUCAACACUUUGAUUUGUUGUUAAUUGCACAUGUCGACAUUCAGUUGGAUAUUUUCAAGCACACAGACACGCAGGAACUGCUGCAACAAGCACGAAAUGUGGUUUGUUGCGAAAACAGUUCCCUGCUGUUGCCUGAUCUGACGCUGAUCAUUUUACAUAUUGCCUUAAGAAAUUUAAGGGUGUUGGGGUCUAUCGGGCCGAGAACCUCGAUACAUAUUGGCAAGUAUUCCAUCGAGGGGAGGGCAUUCCCAUAUUUUUUCAUUUUCUCGUCCGCUGCCCUGGCCGCGGCCAAACCGCAUUUUUUACUUGUCAGGUUCACGUAUUGUUCGGCAAGGGGCGGUGCGCAGGGCUCUGUCAAAUUCGCCCAAUUUAGAAGGAUCAAUGUGUUUGGAUGUACGCAGAAAGUACAUCAAUUUGGGCAAACUGAAGGCAUUGCGGAUAAUAGUCAAGUCAUCAUGGGCCAAAAGACAGGAAACACGACCCAGGGCGAAUUUGAGCUCAGAGAGCUUUUGGUCAAAGAACUUUAUUUGCGCUCCUCAAUGAAUUUUGAAAACAGAUGGGUAUUGAGAUCCGCUCUGAACUUUGCAAGUGAUGGAGAAGUAGUCAGAGAAGUGGGUAGAGAGUUCCAGAGAAAAGAACCAGAAAAAGCAAAAGCAGAUUUGGCAAAAAAGUGUUUAACACGAGUUAAAAAAACAGGAGAAGAAGAAGAUGGAGAUGAUGGAGAAGUAGUCAGAGAAGUAGGUAGAGAGUUCCAGAGAAAAAAACCAGAAAAAGCAAAAGCAGAUUUGGCAAAAAAGUGUUUAACACGAGUUAAAAAAACAGGAGAAGAAGAAGACGAUCGUAAACCGGGGCGUUUAGGUUCAAUUAAUAUAUCUGAUAAAUACUUAGGAAAUAAUUUAGAUUGA